AUGGCGUCCGAGGGAGAAGCGGGCAGCGCUGCAACUACCGAGCAGGACACCGGAGACGGUGAUGCAGCAUUUGGUGAAAUACCCACCAACAUGGACAAUGAAUCUUCAAACGGCAAAGAGGGAAUGGAAACGGCCGGUGAAGGCUCGGAGGCUGCUGACGCUCUGACUGGAUCUGGAGAUGAGGAGAGCGGGAGGCAGUUGGGGGAGGUGGAGCUGCAGUGUGCUCUGUGUAUGAAGUGGUUCACCGCGGACACGUUCGGCAUCGACACUGCGACCUGUCUUCCCUUUAUGACCAAUUAUGUGUUUCACUGCAACGUGUGCCAUCACAGCGGCAACACAUACUUCCUCAGGAAACAAGCAAACCUGAAGGAGAUGUGUCUCACAGCCCUGGCAAACCUGACAUGGAGGUCCAGAACACAAGACGAGCACCCAAAGACCAUGUUCUCCAAGGACAAGGAUAUCAUACCGUUCAUUGAUAAGUAUUGGGAGUGCAUGACAACUCGCCAGAGACCGGGAAAGCUCACCUGGCCCAACAACAUAGUGAAGACAAUGAGUAAAGAGCGAGAUGUUUUCCUCGUGAAGGAGCAUCCUGACCCAGGCAGCAAAGACCCAGAGGAGGAAUACCCUAAAUUCGGCCUGUUGGACCAGGACCUGGGGAACAUUGGACCCUCAUAUGACACACAGAAACAGACCACUGCACCUCCGACUGCUGGUGGGCUGAAUGGUGGAUCUUCUUUCUCAGGCGCUCUGGCUCCAGGCCCAGGAAAAGGAAGAGGAGCCAAACGUAAGCAGCAGCAGCAACAGGAAGGAACGGCUGCGGGAGCGACCAAGAGAACCCGCAGCGACCCUCUGUUCUCGGCCCAGCGCCUGCCCCCCCACGGUUACCCUCUAGAGCACCCCUUCAAUAAAGACGGGUACCGUUACAUCCUGGCAGAACCGGACCCCCACGCUCCGGACCCGGAGAAGCUGGAGCUGGACUGCUGGGCCGGAAAACCGAUCCCCGGUGAUCUGUACCGAGCCUGCCUGUACGAGAGAGUCCUGCUGGCCUUACACGACAGAGCUCCUCAGUUGAAGAUCUCUGACGACCGUCUGACGGUAACGGGGGAGAAAGGUUACUCGAUGGUCCGAGCGUCCCACGGAGUCCGGAAGGGUUCCUGGUACUUCGAGGUCUCUGUGGAGGAAAUGCCUCCAGACACGGCGGCUCGGCUCGGCUGGUCCCAACCACUCGGUAACCUGCAGGCUCCUCUGGGUUACGAUAAGUUCAGCUACUCGUGGCGCAGUAAGAAGGGAACCCGCUUCCACCAGUCGAUAGGGAAGCAUUACUCCUCCAGCUACGGCCAGGGAGACACGCUGGGCUUCUUCAUCGAGCUGCCCGACGGCACCGAGACCUCCAAAGCUCUGCCCGACACCUACAAGGACAAGGCGCUGAUCAAGUUUAAGAGCUACCUGUACUUUGAGGAGAAGGACUACGUGGACAAAGCAGAGAAGAGCCUGAAGUCCAUGAGCCCCAGCAGGAUGAUCUUCUAUAAGAACGGAGUGAACCAAGGAGUCGCUUAUGAAAACCUGUUCGAAGGACUUUACUUUCCUGCUAUCUCACUUUACAAGAGCUGCACGGUGUCCGUCAAUUUUGGCCCAAAUUUCAAACACCCUCCGAAAGAUGUGAAGUACCAGCCGAUGAGCGACAUGGGCUGGGGAGCUGUGAUCGAACACACGCUGGCCGACAUGUUGUACCACGUGGAGACGGACGUGGACGGACGACGCAGCCCUCCAUGGGAAGGAUGAAGAGACGUUGAAUCCAUCACUCAGAGACGCCUCCUCCUCCUCCUCCUCUUCCUCUUCCUCCUCAAGUCCAAACCUUCUUCUGCCUUCAAACAGUAAAACUAAGCUCCACACACACCGCAGUAAAGUGUAGUUCGAUAAGGUUGUGGCGGAGUUAGUGAUAAAUAAAUAAAUAUAUAUAUAGGAAGUAAAAACCUGAUGAAUUUGAUUGAUUACAGAAGGGGUGUCAAACAUGCGGCCCGUGGGCCAGAUCCGGCCCGCCGAGGGGUCCAAUCCGGCCCACUUUCCUUCCUGUGUUCUUUUCCUUCCUACCUUCCUUUUAUCCUUUCUUCGUUCCUUCCUUCCUCCCAUUUGUCCUUCCUACCUUCC